UAAUAUUGUUAUAUUGUAAUAAACUGUAUCAUCAUGUUGAGACUAUAUUGUUCCAUUUCUGCUUUCAUUUCAGAAGCUCCUGAUUGUGAUGCUGGCACGUCCAAUAACAGCGGACACAUUGUUCCCAAUCAGGAGCAAGAGUCUGAGCCAAAGGAAGAUAAUUCCACCUCUUCCAGUCUUCCAUCAGAACUCAACAUCUCUGAAUUUGGCUCAGAUGUUGCCAAUAAAAUACAGGGCGCAGAAGGACCAUCUACCAGCCCUGUUGAGCCUGGAUCUCCCUCACUUGAUCAAUUCAACCUGGGUCAAGUGUUGGGAGAAGGAGGAUUUGGGAAGGUGAGCGACUCAUUGCACAAUUAGGUUUUAGUUACUACUGAUUUACCCAGAGUGAUUAAACUUUCUGUCUUCUGACUCCAGGUAUUCCUAGCCGAGCACAAGAACACCGAAGUGCUAUAUGCCAUCAAGGCCCU